UGCUGAACCGCCACUGUCAUCAGACUGGAAUCAUGUUGCAUCGACUCGUCUGUUCCAUUCUGCUUGUCUUCUGCCUCGUCCAGGCAGAGGACGACUACGUCUUCGACGAAAGCGUUGAUAUCGACUCUGUCAUCAAAAACGAUGCUAUUCUGAAUUCGUAUCUCAAGUGCUUCUUCAACACAGGCGCAUGCAGUUCCCGAGCAGAAAGAGUCAAAGGCAAAAUAUCUCACGUCUUUUCCACUGUCUGUGGCGAUUGCAGCCCUAGACAAAAGCAACUUCUGCACCACGUCUUGACAAUUUUCGUCACGAGGAGGCCUGACGACUGGAAAAAGCUGCUCGAGAUGUACGACCCGGAGAACAAGUAUACCGCCCAGAUGAACGCCUUCAUCUCCGCUCCUGAACCUCAGGUGUAACGUGCAGAACUCGAAAAUAACUAUUAUAAUUAUUUCAAAAGGCAAGAAUUAUAAAACGGUGUAAUUAGAGCAAAAUAUACACAUCACAUAAUUGGAUUGUU